AUGAAUAACCCGAAAACUUUCCACGAGUACUCGCGUAUCUCCAACUUGCAACAGAGGUGGUGUACCCUCAGAGGUCAACUAGAAAUCAAGACCAGCGACAAACUCCAAAUUCCUAUGGAUCAAGUGGAACCCGCUAGCGAGAUUGUCAAACGAUUUGUUACUGGAGCCAUGUCAUUUGGUUCGAUCUCUUGGGAAGCGCAUACGACAUUGGCGAUUGCGAUGAAUCGCAUAGGAGCUAAAUCUAAUACGGGCGAAGGAGGAGAGAAGCCUGAACGAUAUGCAAGUAAUCAGGAUCCGAACAAUAACUUGCGUUCAGCCAUCAAACAGGUUGCUUCUGCUCGAUUUGGCGUCACAUCGUCCUACCUCGCACAUGCCGACGAACUGCAAAUCAAAAUGGCACAAGGUGCAAAACCUGGAGAAGGUGGUGAACUACCAGGUCAUAAAGUCACCAAGGACAUCGCCGACACUAGGAAGUCGACAGCAGGAGUCGGACUGAUCUCUCCACCACCACACCACGAUAUCUAUUCGAUUGAAGAUCUCGCACAAUUAAUUUAUGAUCUCAAAUGUGCCAAUCCGGACGCGAGAGUCAGUGUUAAACUUGUCUCCGAAGCCGGUGUUGGUAUCAUUGCAUCGGGUGUUGUGAAAGGUUUUGCGGAUCAUGUAACAAUUUCGGGUCACGAUGGUGGCACUGGAGCUUCUAGGUAUGUGCUUGAUAUCUUCUUGAAAAGCACCGUUUACCAGAAAGAUUCUGUGGUUUUGACGCUGUUCAAUAGAGGGGUCCCUAGCUAAGU